AUGUCAGCCUUCAUUCACCUCGCUGUUGUUGCUAGCUCUACCGCAUUGAUUGUGAUGACAAAGGCAGCUGAGGUGAAGACCUCGACAGGAACUAUGUCAUUUCCUUUCGGUUGCCUCUGCCGAAAUGUCACAGCGCGUCCCAAACGUCGCAACCUCCGUCAGCCACUGAUUUCAUCCCUGGUACGCCUCAACCAACAGCCCCCCUCCCUGCCAUACUACAGGGCAAUGAGAAGCAUUCUUCAGAGAGAAGAGUUUGUUGUUGUCCUCGUAGUGGGGACCCCCUACUUCUGGCCCAAUUCUCCUGAUGGCCGACGGCUCUCCAGAAUGCGGCUGUGA